GAAUAUGGCAACAAAAAGUCAUACACGUAUCGUAAUAUGCUGCAGUCAAAUACAAGAUGUUUUCUCUCUGUUUCUCUCGUGCGUGCAUAUUUGCGUGGUGGAUACUAUGGCAAACUGUCAGUGAACGAAAUAGUUCUUCUUCUUCUUCCAUCUAUUUGCCUACAAUCGCGCAUACAGUGUGUGUAUGUGGUGUGUCAAAAUUUAUGAGCAUUAGUGCUUGUAACACAUAAAAAAAAAUCAAAUAGGAAGCAAGAAGAAAAAAAAAGCAGCGACGACGAAACGGGUAGAGUGAGUGAGAGUGAGAGAACAAGAGCAAGAGCUACAAGACAAGGAAUUUAUCAAUUUUGACCAACAACAACGUUGUGUUCUCUCUGUGUAUAUCGUGCGAGAGUUUUGUGCUUAGGGGUUUUUUUUUUGUUUGAACAGAGAAAACUGCAAUCGAACCAUCAUAUUUCGGAAGUUUCCAAACAACGAACAUAACUCUAGUUAUUUUUGGUUGAUUUAGUUUAAAGAACGAGAAAAGCAAAAGAAAAAAAAAUGGAUGACCACGAAAGCAUUUUGUUGAUUAAACAAGAAGUGUUUGUUUAUAAAAUACCACCAGCUGGUAGUAAUAGAAAGCACAGGGCUGCAAACUGGAAUUUAAGUGAACCACUGUGGACUGGUCGCAUGAAACUUGUGGCCAAAGGUAUUAAUGUCAAUCUCAAAUUGGAGGAUAAAAAUACGGGCGCAUUGUAUGCCAAUUGUCCAGUUGAAACAUAUCCAGGUGUUGCUAUUGAGGCAGUCAGUGACAGUUCCAGGUAUUUCGUGAUUCGUGUCGUCGAUGACAAUGGUCGAACGGCAUUUUUGGGUCUCGGCUUUGGCGAUCGAUCCGAUUCAUUUGACCUGAAUGUCGCCCUACAGGAUCAUUUUAAAUGGGUGAAAAACCAAGAGAAAAUCGAUCAAGAAAAAGUAACACCGCGACCCGAGCUUGAUUUAGGAUUCAAAGAAGGCGAAACCAUCAAAAUUAACAUGAAAAUCACCAAAAAAGAUGGCAGCGAAUCGUCACGGCGAACACGUACCGGGGCAACGGGCGCGUUUCCACCGCCACCAGGUGGCAUAAAAUUGGCACCACCACCAUCGAAUCCAACGGAACCGUCAUCGAACAACAGUAGCCAGUCAACACCACAGCCUCAGGCAUCACCAAAAGCGAACGCCAACUGGGUGCAAUUCUAGGCGAGCUGAAUACUAUAAACUGUUAUAUGCCCGAAAUGCUGUUUAAGUGAAAGUGAGUUAGCGAAAGCAGGAGAGACAUAGAGAUGUGAACAGAGAGAGAGAGAGAGAGAGAGAGAGAGAGAGGGAGAGAGAAUGAAAAAAAGUAACAAAGAAACAUACUUAUAAAUGGUUAACACGAUCUAUGAAAUGAGAAAACAACAACAACAAAAACAACAACAUAAGAAAACAAGAAUAUAUAUAUUAUAUAAAUAUGAAAUUGAAAAUAAUUGUAAAGAUGUACUGAGUAUAUAAAAAUGACUUUUUAGAUGAUAUGCGCGCGCUGUGAUUGAGAAAUUAUCACUAAUAGAAAGAGAAACAGAUUGCGAGAUAGCGGAGGGUUGAGAGAGAGAGAGAGAGAGAGAGAGAAAGAGCAUGAGAAUGGAUUGAGAACAUGAAACAGAUGAUGAAAACAAAAGCCCACAAAAUGUUCCAGUUGUUAAUCCGAAUUUCCAUACAAACAAAAUAAAAAAAAAAGUUCUUUUAAUAAUAGUAGUGUGAUGCUUUGGUAUGAGAUGGGUGAGAAAAGAAUGUGACAAAUUUCCUGCAUGAGAUGGCUUUUUUUAGAAUAUGUUGCACGCACCAAAUUGAGUGUUAGGAUUUGAGUGUUGAAGUUGAUGCCUGUGGAAAUUGUGACGAUUGUAGAACAGAUAGAAGAGCUGAAAAGUUCCGAAGAAGAAAAAAGUUUAGAACAGAGAUCAAACACGGUCCACGGUCGUCAUUUUCGAAGAGAAUUUUCUCGGAUUGAAACAUGCCCAAUGCACACAUACACAAUUUUAUUUGAAUCAAACAACUGCAUGAAUCAUUAAUAUGUUAGAGUGUCUCUAACAAACAACAACCACCACCACCACCACUACAAAAAGCGCGAAUGAUCUUAUGGCCAAUGUCCUUCACAAGACAAAAUAUCUCUCGCCGGUAAAAAAAAAAAACAAAAAACAAA